AUAAAUCCUCUGUACCACAGAGUUUUGUUCAGAAAGCUGCUGGAGCUCAGCAGCUCCUCGUUCUCUCUGAUGAUGGAGAUCCAGGAGGGAGCAGAGCUCUGCUUUCCAGAACUCCUAAAUGCCUCCUGCAGGAAGCCCACAGCUCCUCAGUCUCAAGCCGUGAUCUUACAGAUUCUGCUGUUUCUUAUCUCUGUGGUGACUGUGGUCCUCAACCUGCUGGUCAUCAUCUCAGUCUCACAUUUCAGGCAGCUUCACGUCCCCUCCAACCUCCUCCUCGUCUCUCUGGCUGUCUCAGACUUCCUUGUGGGUCUGGUGCUGAUGCCCAGUGAAAUCCUUCUCCAAAUAUCCUGCUGGUUUCUUGGUGAUCUGUUGUGUUCAUUAUAUAACUUUGUUACAUUUAUCGUCACCUCUGCCUCAGUAGGAAACAUGGUGCUCAUCUCCAUCGACCGUUACUUUGCUAUCUGUGUCCCUCUACAUUAUCAAACCAGAGUCACUGUGGAAAGAGUCACACUGUGUAUUUGUGUGUGUUGGUGUGGUUCUGUUUUGUACAACGGCCUCAUUCUAAAGAAAGAACUGAGUCAACCGGGCAGGUUUAACUCCUGUUACGGCGAGUGUGUGAUUGUCAUUACCUUCACUGCAGGAGCUGCUGACCUUGUUGUGACCUUUAUUGCCCCCAUUAUCGUCAUCGUCGUUCUGUAUUUGAGGGUGUUUGUGGUGGCUGUGUCUCAGGCUCGGGCCAUGCGCUUACCCGUUUUAGCCAUCACGCACGAACAGUCAGUGCACGUAAGUGUGAAGAAAUCUGAGAUGAAAGCAGCCAAGACUCUUGGUGUCGUUGUCCUUGUUUUCUUAAUCAGUUUCUUUCCGUAUUACUGCAUCGGCCUUACCAGGGAAAAUUCAGUCAGUGGUUCAGCUGCUUCAUUUGUUCUCUAUCUGUACUAUUUAAACUCCUGUCUGAACCCUUUGAUUUAUGCAUUAUUCUACCCGUGGUUUAGAAAAGCCAUUAAACUCAUUGUUACUCGCAAGUUUCUGCAGCCAGACUCCUGUGAGGCCAACAUACUGUAA